CAGCCUGUUUUCAAAAACCUUAUAGCUUAGCUGUGUUAUCAUUUCCCCAUUAUUCCCCAAUACAAAGUUACAAACAACACUCCCUCCCACAACUCCUUUGUAUUCGUAUCCUCUCUCUCUCUCUCUCUCUCUAAACCGACACUUUUAUUUUCCCCAACACAAACCGACGCUUACACAAAAAAUGAGCUCAAUAGUUCAUACAAUCCAACAAAAAACCACAAAACAAUCCCUCCCAAUCUCAUCUCCUUCAGAUGAUCAACCAUCCUUAAGAAGGCGUCUUUCGUCGCUUUCUCUUAAACUCAACCAUUCUUCCAUCUCUGCUUCACCCGCCACUUCAUGGGCUAUCCACAGGUCCAAAUCUCUCUCCUCCAUGGGCCAUACCGCGGGUGGGUCGAUCAAGAAAUGGUGGGAUUUAGGUUGGGGUUGGGUUCUAUCACGAAAACCCACUUUUGUUCAGGAUCUGGAAAUGAAUGAAGAGGAGAAACAUCUUCUUGGGUUUCAAAACAGAGGGAGUUUAAUGCAUUUGUUUUUUAAGGUUAAAUCUGAGGUUAGGAAGCUUUUUAGAUACGAUGAUAUGUCUCUUCCUCAGACUUUUAAGUAUGAUGCUAGGAGAACUUGCUAAUAUUGAUUAAUCUUCAUAGAUUAAUUCUUUAUUAAUGAUGAAUCAAUAAUUGUUGUAUUUGUUGAGUAUUUACUACUGCUAUAUGCGUGGGGAAAUCUGUGCAAACAAGAUGAAUUCAGAAAGGAGAUCAAAAUUACACGGAGAUUUUUGAUGGGUAAAUAGAUUAUUAUCAUUAUUAUUAGUAGAAUUAUUAAUUAUUGAUUAUCUUAUGUUGCAUAUUUGGUUUAUAUUAUAAUUUGUUUAUUAUUUUUGUUGUCUUUGGGUAGAAAUGUUUGGUAUUUUAGUGUAACUUGUAAAGAAUGUACAAGUAAUUAAUUAUAUGAAUGUUCUAUUGUUUU